UGUUCGUCCGGUUCGUCCAUAGCUGUAACUAUAAUCGCAGACGCCAGCGUGAACCUUAUUGGACUCUUCACGGAAUCUUCCCCCGCCUAAAACUUGCAGUACAUCUAGCUACCUGCCAGCAGCAGCAUGCGUGUCCUACAACUACUUGGACUUAUCUUAACCCUGUGUCUUUUACUUGAGGUAGUAGAUGUCAGAGGUAAAGGACUUGGUCUCAAACCACAGCGAAAGAACAAAGGAAAGAAACUUAACCCUCCUAAAAAAGUUAGAAAAGACCCGAGAAACGGACAUAUAAAACUUAUAAAGUUGAGAUCGGUGAGAGAUGUCAGUGAUGAAGAAGAUUUUGAUGAUGAGGACAGCGAGGAUGGUUACCAAAGAAACAGGAAUAGCGGGAAACCAAGAGUGCCAAGUAAUCAGAAGAAUCAUGAUGAACCUCAAAACACAGAAUACUGGAUAAGGCUCGUUGCAGGACGGAGUGAAAACGAAGGUCGAGUGGAGGUCAAGAGAGAUGCCAGUGACGAAUGGGGCUUGGUUUGUGAUGAUUUCUGGGACAUUGACGACGCUAGAGUGGUGUGCAGACAACUUGGAUUCAAUGAUGCUUUAAGUGCGAUACCCAACGCUCUGGAAUAUUUCGGCGGCAGCGUCUGGAAGAAAACGAUCGUCAUGGACAACGUCGAGUGCCGGGGGACCGAAGAUGCACUCCAGAUGUGUCAGUUUGAUGGUUGGGGAGUCAAUAACUGUCACGCUGAGAUGGAGGCCGCUGGCGUGGUCUGUACACGACCAACUAUAGACCAACGUGUCAACCCAGUUGGCCAAGCUGCCCUGACUCGGCUUGAAGUACAGAUGGAUGCCACUGUCCUGUCCCGAUUGUUAGAGUAUCUCAGCCGAUCGUCUGGGCAACCAGCGCAUUCACUGGAGUGCUACCAUCUACCUAAAGGACAGGAUUAUCGCGGCACAGUUUCUCAAACUGCGGCGGGUACACCGUGCCAAAAUUGGGGAUCCCUAGAACCCCACGCCCACACCGUGUCGCCCGAUGACUACGCCCAUCGGGGUAUUGGUCAGCAUACCUAUUGCCGUAACCCGGAUGAUGAUAAUCAGCCCUGGUGUUUCACGACUGAUCCCGACACGCGGUGGGCGUAUUGUUCCGUCGGGGAACCUUCAGAACGCAAGUGUCGAAACCAAGAUUCGCCGGAAUGUUUCACUCAACCCCAAGGAAACGAUUACAGAGGCUUUGUCUCGACUACAAUCUCUGGUAAAAUCUGCCAGAAUUGGGAGAAACAGGAGCCCCACGCCCACCGCCACACCCCUGAACGGUUUCCAAACGACGGACUCGGUGAUCACAACUACUGCCGAACUGUGUCGGAGGUCAACGCUGAGAGGCCGUGGUGUUACACCGAGUCAACGACGAGAAGAGAGUACUGCGACGUGGGACUUCCACAAACUAGCUGUACAAGAAAUGCAGCCCCUAGCUCCCAGCAAGCGGACACGCCAUUGGAACGCUUUGCCAUGUUUGAGAAUGCAGCCAUCCCCGGAGCCAACCUCAAGGACUUGGAGGGCAUCUCAGUCGAGGAAUGCGCUCGCCUCUGUCUCCUCGAAGACACCUUCGAGUGUCGGUCUUUUGAUUAUUACAGAGCGGACAACCGAUGCUGGCUCUCCAACGAGAACUCUCACACUGCUGCCCCCAAGUUUGACUUCAAUAAUAACCCCUUUGACUUCUACGAGAGGAUUGAUAUCGGUUCAGUUGCCCAGUUCCAGAUCACCCCCAAUGCAGCCCUCCCCGGCUACAACGAAGUAGAGUACCAGCAGACUUCCUUGGAGAAAUGCGCCGAGCUUUGCCUGACGGCGACUUUUGGAUGCGCUUCUUUUGACUUCUCAAGACGUACAUCUCAGUGCUGGCUGAGCAAGGCCACCAUUUCAACAGCGCCCCUCAGGAGCAACUUUGAGGGAAACCCGUACGACUAUUAUCAGAGAAAAGGGGAAGCUUUGACAGACUGUUACCAUGGUAACGGCCAUAGUUACCGUGGCAGCCACAGUACAACCCAUGAUGAUAAACGCUGCGUCACUUGGACCUUUGCGGCUGGUAGGGGUGCUGGGGUGAACGCUGAUAUGUACCCAAACACCGGGCUUGGGAAUCACAACCAAUGUCGUAACCCUGACAACGAUCAGAAGCCAUGGUGUUACUAUGCCGACGUUGACGGUAACUUAGAAGGAUGGACUUAUUGCGGCGUUGAAGCCUGCCAACCUCCACCUACCACAACUACUGAAGUUCCAUCCACGGUAGCACCAGGAGGUUUACAGCUUCUGUCUCAGGGCAAACCAACGUCGCAGAGUUCCGUUCUAAUAUCUGCUGGUGUGGCUAGAGAGUCUGGCCUUGCAGUAGACGGUAACCUCUCCCCAAUGUUUAAUGAGAACAGCUGCACACUUACAGAUGAUGAGAAACACCCUUGGUGGUACGUUGAUCUUGGAAAAGAAUACGAAAUAGAUCACAUCAGCAUUGUCAACCGUUUUGACUACGGGAAUCGUCUAAAGCGAGCAAUCGUCUCCGUCGGCAAUGCAAUUUACAACCCCAACACUUUCCGGCAGUGUGGUGAAAUCAGCGGAAGCAUGAUCAAAGACGCCGCACUGACCCCUGAGAGGACAAUCAACAUCCAGUGCCCGGCCGAAAUCACCGGCCAAUACGUCUACAUUGAGCAGUCUCGCAACGCUGCGUUGGCGUUGACGUUAUGUGAAGUUCAAGUUUACGGCUGGGAUGUUAAAGCGACUGAGCCACCUCCUCCAGCAACCUGUCCAAGUAACAAGUUCACCUGCCUGAGUGGGGAAGUAAACUGUAUCCCAUCAUCGUGGGUUUGUGAUCGUGAUAACGACUGUGAAGACAGUAGUGAUGAACAAGGAUGCAACAAUCCACUUAACGACUUCAACGCAAUUGAAGACUUCUCCAUCCCGAGUCGAAUCACGCCGGAUGCAACUUACAUGGAAAAGACACUUGAGGAGUGUGCCCAGUUUUGCGCCACCCAAAUGGACUUUGUCUGUCGCUCGUACGACUAUUCCGCAGAGGGGAGAAACUGCUCCCUGUUUGAUGAGAACCGAGCAGAGACUGGUGGACUGGAGGUCCUGGUAGGAACCGUUCACUACGAGAGAAUCUCACAGACAACUGAUUGCACUGAUGUAGAAGGGCAGCUGUACCACCCAUGCCCUAGUGGGCGCUGUAUCCCAGUUCAUUGGCUGUGCGAUGGUGAUAACGAUUGUGGUGAUUUUACCGACGAACAAGAAUGCACCCCAACUGGACAAGAAACAGAAGGGACAUUUGACAUCCGCAUCGUGAACGAAGACGCUCAGGGGACCGGUGAAGUGUACCAGGGACGAGUGGAAGUCCAAUACAUGGGGAUAUGGGGAACCGUCUGUGAUGAUAUGUGGGACAUACAAGACGCAAACGUUGUUUGCAAACAGAUUGGUUUUACUCGCGGUGCAGUUACAGCGACGGUCGUCGGUGAGUUUGGCGUCGGUGAAGGAAACAUCAUCAUGGAUGACGUUGAAUGUGAAGGGACGGAAACCUCCUUGGAGGACUGUCCAUUCGGUGGAUUUGGAAUGCACAACUGCGUCCCUAAGGAGUCUGCUGGCGUCGUCUGUAUACCAAAUACAGGUUGUAUUGACACUCAAUUUGAAUGCGGGAAUGGAAACUGUAUCCCACUCGAAUGGAAAUGUGACGGAGCCGAUGAUUGUGGAGAUGACACCGAUGAGCAACAGUGUCAAGCCAAUGAUCUGCCGGUACGUCUCGUUGGUGGCCCAGAUGCCAACUCAGGUCGCAUCGAGGUCAUGUAUGGUAACCAGUGGGGAACAGUUUGUGACGACAGGUUUGAUGAGAAUGCCGCACGUGUCGUCUGCAAACAGCUUGGAAUUAGUGGUGGAGUCCGCGUCUUUACGGAGGCUUUCUACGGAGCAGGGGAGGGGGAGAUUUGGUUGGAUGACUUGGAGUGUACAGGAGAAGAAGCCCAUCUGGGGGAAUGCCCUCACCCGAGAUACGGCGCUCACGACUGUACUCACAACGAAGACGUUGGUGUUGAAUGUGGUUAUAUGCCCAUGCCAGAAGUCACAGUCGCCCCAGGAAGCUGUGGUAUAAAGAAUGUUGUCAACGGCAUCAACACUCGCAUCAUCGGAGGCUCGGCAGCCAAGCGAGGGAGCUGGCCAUGGCAGGCUCAACUCAUUCUCAAGAGAAGUGGUCACUACUGCGGAGCUACUCUUAUUGAUGAGCACACGGUCAUCUCCGCUGCACAUUGCUUCCAAAGGUACGGGAAGGAACGCUUCACAGUCCGUCUCGGAGAACACGAUCAAUAUCGCUCCGAGGGCUCUGAGCAAGAUUUCGACAUAGAGUGUCUGCACAUACAUCAACGCUACGAUUCCACCUCCACCAAUAACGACAUAGCGGUGCUUAAGCUGAAGGCGAAGAACGGCCGCGGAGUCCAGAUGAAUAAUUACGUCUCGCCGGCUUGUUUAACGGAACGGGAAGAUCUACCUGAUAACCAUAAUUGUUGGAUAUCUGGAUGGGGAAAUACAGGUGAUGACUAUCCGAAGCUUCUACAAGAAGCACGCGUUCCUCUACUCUCUCGUUCAACCUGCACAAGCCGUCGAGUUUACGGGUACAAACUGACCAAUCAGAUGAUGUGUGCCGGCUACCUCAACGGGGGUAUCGACUCUUGCGACGGUGACAGCGGCGGACCAUUGGUAUGCGAGUACAACGGGGUGUGGCAGCUUGUUGGGGUCACGUCGUGGGGGUCAGGGUGUGCCCAGCCGAACGCCCCUGGGGUGUACUCGAGGGUCAAUCAAUUCCUAGACUGGAUCAACGACAAGCGACAGACCAACCAAUGUCCAUGAACAAUAUCUUCCGGAUUUUGCCAAAGGGCAAAUAAAAUCGGUUAGCUUUUAAAAACCGAUUUUUAAACCGCAACAUGACUUUGUGGUUGCAGUAUAAAAUCCAUCGCUGGGUGAUGGGAUGGUUAACUUUUAAUACGUAUCUGGCUUUUUUAUAUAUUUUACACAUUUUAUACAAACUUGUACACGAUUGUAUUUAGUAUCAAGCCUUUUCAGCAAAUUUUAUGACUUUUGUACGAAAGUUUUUUUUUUACUUUCAAGUGUAUGUACUGUAUCUAUGCAAUAUCUGUGCAGUUGAACAUAAGUCUGUUUAACUUGAUGUCAAGAAUGCCAGCUUUGUUAGUAAAUCAUGAACUACAACUCAAACCAUUUUUCUUCAGGUCUUUGUAUCUUUUAUUGUUUUUUUUUAUCAUAAUUAAUGGAGUGCAUUUGUUUUGUUUUCUAACACCACAUGACUCAUUUACCUAUAUAUAAAUAACAACACUUAGAAAAUUAGCUACAUAUGUAAAAGAAAGAAACAAACAAACAAUAGAAACAAAAUCCCAGAUUCUGGGUUCAAAGUUGAUAGGUCAAAGUGCACAGGUCAGAGUUCAGAAAGUCUGGUUGAGAAAUCUACAGAGAUUUUAAAUUGAAUAAAAUAAUAAGAAUUGCAA